AUGAAUAAUAUAAGGGGAAAAAAGCUAAGUUAACUUCUAAAAAAUGAUAAAAAUAAAUUGCUGUCGGAAUUGAAUGUUAUUGUUACAAAAUUAUGAUUUGGUUCAAGUGUUGAGUUGCGGAAUUAGAACAGUGGAGGGAAGAAUGAGCAAGGUAAAGUAUCCGGAACAAGUAAGUGGGUAGGGAAAGAUCUCCGAAGAUUAUUUUGACGGGAAAGGAAGGGAGAGGAAAAGACGGUUAUCCGAAAAUGAAGCGGAGCCACGAGGAAGGAGAAUAAAAAAAAAAAAGAUGUAUCAGGCACACAAUCUUGAACUAAUAUAAAUGGCAAUGAAAUCUCGGACGAGGGAGGAACCGACCAAAUUCAUCAACAUGCCUUCCUCAUUCAACUUCGCCUGCGUGUACAACAAGUACAUCCGACGCUGCUUCACCGGGGCGGGCCUCUGGUCGCAGGCCCUCGUCCUCGACGACCAGACCACCAUGCACUUCUGGGGCCCAAGACACAAAACGGCCCAGAAGCCCUCUCUGGUUCUAAUCCACGGCUUUGGGCCCGUGGCCACGUGGCAGUGGCGCAGACAAGUCAAAUCCCUGGCCCCACACUUCAACCUCUACGUUCCGGACCUCGUUUUCUUCGGAGGCUCCACCACCAUUUCCAGCGAGAGGAGCGAGUUGUUUCAGGCGAAGUCGGUGGGGGCGCUUCUCGAUAAGUUGGAGGUGGAGACGUUGAACGUGGUGGGAACCAGCUAUGGAGGUUUGGUGGCUUACAAUCUGGCCAAGAUGUUGGGGGAAGGGAGGGUCAAGAAAGUGGUCAUUGCCAGCUCCGGCGUUAACAUGACCGCCAGUAGCAACCUAGAAAUGCUCCGAAGUUCUCAAUUGAGCAACAUCGACGAUCUCAUGUUUCCUUCUUCCCCCCACCACAUGCGCCAGUUGAUGUCCCUCUCCAUCUACAAGCCUCCACAUGUCCCUGAUUUUAUCCUCAAUGUCUUCAUCCAUGAAUUGUAUGGAGAGAACAAGGAGAGAAAAUUGGAGAUUCUUAGAGGGAUCUCUGUCGGCAGGGAAGAAAUCUCUAACGUUUCACCUCUUAAACAGUGUGGCUGGAUUGAUGUUGGUGAUAUCAUGUUCUCAGGAAGUUCUUAUAGUGUGGGGGGAAGAAGACCGGAUUUUUCCGGUGCGAUUGGCGCAUGAACUUAAAGAGGUGAUAGGUGAAGAUGUAAAAUUAGAAUUGAUAAAGGAAGCAGCACACGUGCCUCAAAUUGAAAAGCCUGUAGAAUUCAACCGCAUCAUCAUUAAAUUUUUACAGGGGACUCCUUGAGUAUAUUUUUAGCUCUAUGAAGUUCAUAUUUUUGUCUGAUUAUUCUUUGUUAGUCCAUUUAAUGAUAUUGUUCUGCAUAAAAAAAUUACAUUAUUUUUGUCUUGUUUUGAAUUUUCGACAACUUGGUAGGAAAGUUUAUUAGAUUCCGUGGAACAUACGAGAACAAUGUAAUGUUUGUAAGAAAACAAAAGUAGGGUUUGAUAGCCAUGAUCUGUAUUAAUCAAUGAAUAGUAUGCUGGUGUAACAUAUUUGAGGAUUUUAAAGAAUUUUUAUUAAA